UUUUUUUUUCUUCUCUCUAAACAAAAUCAAACCAAACCCUUAUUCCAUUUUUUUCUCUUUCAAUUUCUCCCUUUUGCUCUCUGUGUGUGAAAAAAACAAUGAAAAUGGAGGAUUUGGACCCAACUGCAUGUUUCAUGGUGGAUGAUGACCUUCUCAACUUCUCUUUGGAAGAUGAAACUGUUGAAGAAGAUGAUGAAAAAUCAACUAUUACUAGCAAAGACCCACUUUCUUAUUCUUCUUCGUCUUCAACAAACCCUCUUGUUAGCCUUCUUCCCCACCCUGAGUGUGUAGAGGAAGAGUUGGAAUGGCUGUCAAACAAAGAUGCAUUUCCAGCGAUAGAGUUUGGCAUUCUUUCGGAGAACCCGGGUAUGGUAUUUGAUCACCAUAGCCCGGUUUCAGUGCUGGAGAAUAGUAGCAGCACUAGUCACAGCAGUGGCAAUGGUGUUGUUAGUGGAAAUGCUUAUACGAGCUGCUGCGUCAACUUAAAAGUUCCGGUUAAUUACCCUGUUCGUGCACGGAGCAAGAGAAGACGUAGAAGACGGAGAGGUGGAUUUGCUGACAUGCCAAGCGAGCAUUGUCUGCCGGUGACACAACCGAGUUUCAAGAACGUUAAGCAGCGUGAGCCAUUGCUUUCUUUACCAAUGAAUUCAGCUAAGAGUGCUGCUAGCAUUGGGAGGAGGUGCCAACACUGUGGAGCCGAUAAGACCCCACAAUGGCGGGCAGGCCCUCUGGGGCCAAAAACACUGUGUAAUGCUUGUGGUGUGCGCUAUAAGUCAGGCAGGCUGUUACCAGAGUAUCGCCCGGCUAAUAGCCCUACUUUCUCGGCUGCUGCGCAUUCAAACUCCCACCGGAAGGUUUUGGAGAUGAGAAAGCAUAAGAUUGGUGUGGGAGGAAUGUUGAUUCAUGAAGCUUGUGGAUAUAGGGUAGGACAGUAGUGAGUCAUCUGCAGCGUCUUUUCAGAUAUUUUUCUUCAUUUACUAUAGUUAGCAUAGACUAUAGGUUUUUGUUGUAAUGGUCUUGAUGGUCGGUGAUUUGCUUUGGUUUUCCAUCAAAAUCCACUAGGAAUUUUGAACUAGUUUGUUUUAUUAUAUGCUUUUAAGAUAGAAAUCCAGAAAGAAGAGCUCCUAACAAAGAUUUGGUUGUUUUUUUAAUCCUUCCUUCUUACCUCUGUCAUUUGCAUGGAUUGGAAAUGAUACAUUUUUGAAUCUUGAGAAUGAUGUUUGUGGCAGUUGCUGGGAAUGUACUUGCUAAGCAGUUUUAACAGUUGCAGAAGGUGGUGUUCGCUCGAGAUGGAGGUAUUGAAGUUUACAGUGUUCUAAUUGUUUCAGGGGUUUGAUCAUCUUGCUUUGGUUUUUACCCCUUUAUGUAACGAAGCGUUCUGCAAUGUAUUGUCUAUUUGUUUGAAUAAAAGAAAGAAGAUGGAACUUAUAUGCAGAGUUCUCUUCUCAUUGUUGAAUGA